AAUGACCGGCAAAGGAACCGACCGCAAGGGAAAAUCAAAGGACAUCAAAUCAAUAGCCGAGACUGUAGAAUCUACUGCCAAUUUUACUCUGCCCGAUAGCUUACCCGCCGACGAGGUGGACUACCCAGUGCUCAUCACUAGGAAGGUCACUGCUAACUGGAAAGAGAUACUGGAUGAGAGCCAGCAGUUUAAAGAUGAGAUUGAGGAGUACAUGCAACGGCAGCAGGAGCCAGUCCUGAAGUCGCCGUUCAAAAAAACAGAAACUGAUUACAUUAAGAAUGAAGUAUUCGUUUGCCUCAUACCAGCAAUAGAACAAACUCUUGUAAAAGCCAAGAUUUGGCAAGCUUUACAGAGAGAGAAAUGCUUCUUCAAUGGCAUAGAUUGGAUAGUUCAGUACCUGUGGAACAACAACCCCCGUUAUCCUCAGCGUGCUAAUAGCCCUCAACAUUUGUUCAAUAUGGGCUGGGUUAGAAAGCUAUUGAAAGAAUGGCCCCGACCAUACUUCCCGAAGUCUUGGCUUUGGCCAGAGGACUACGCCGCCACAAUGAUCCAAAAGACAGUCCGCCAGUACUUCGUGCAGCGCGAGGAAAACGUGCAAGAGAUGAGAGAGUUCUGGAGGAAACUGAAACUGGAGCUUACGCAAUAUCCAGAAAUGGAUGUGAACCCAUUGCUUGCACGUAAAUUUGCCUCAACAAAGUCUAUUCCUAAGAAAUAAAUAUAGAA